AUGAGGGGAGGAAAUCACUCAGUGGUGUCUGAGUUUGUGUUGGUGGGACUCACUAGUUCUUUGGAGAUGCAACUUGUCCUCUUUCUAGUUUUCUCUGUGUUCUAUAUAGCAGGUAUUUUGGGAAACCUUCUCAUUGUGCUCACAGUGAUCUCUGACUCCCAUUUGCACUCCCCCAUGUACUUCCUGUUGGCCAACCUUUCCUUUAUUGACAUGUGGGUUUCCUCCAGUGCAGCUCCAAAGAUGAUGUCUGAUCUUUUCAAGGAGGGAAAAGUCAUCUCUUUCCGAGGCUGCAUUACUCAGAUGUUCUUCAUUCAUAUUACUGGAGGAACUGAGAUGGUGCUGCUCAUAGUCAUGGCCCUUGACCGAUAUGUUGCCAUAUGUAGGCCUCUCCACUACUUGACCAUCAUGAACUUCAGAACUUGUAUUUCACUCUUGGUGGCUGCCUGGACAAUUGGAAUCAUUCAUUCCUUGAUUCAACUAGUGUUUGUUGUAAAUCUACCAUUCUGUGGCCCCAACGAAGUGGACAGCUUUUACUGUGAUCUUCCUCGAUUCAUUAGGCUUGCCUGCACAGACACCUACAGACUGGAGCUCAUGGUGACUGCCAACAGUGGGCUCAUCUCACUGGGAACUUUUUUCAUUUUGAUUAUCUCCUACAUCUUCAUCUUGCUCACUGUUUGGCAACAUUCUUCCAGUGGCUUGUCUAAGGCCCUCUCUACACUGUCAGCUCAUGUCACAGUGGUGGUCUUAUUUUUCGGCCCAUGCAUCUUUGUGUAUUUGUGGCCUUUUCCCACAGUGCCAGUGGAUAAAUUCCUUGCCAUUUUUUAUGUAAUUAUCACUCCAUUUCUGAACCCUGCCAUCUAUACGCUUAGAAACAAAGAGAUGAAGGUAGCAAUGAGGAGACUAUUAAGCGAAAUCUUGAGUUUUAGGAAGCUGUUUUAA